AUGUCUACCCUACGCACUCUUGUGGAGACGGCACCUGCCAAACUAUCAUCCAUCUCGUCAAGGCCUAAAGAUGCGGCACCGAAACCUUCCUGGGGACCUUACUUGGAGCUGACGCGUUUCAGCAAGCCCGCUGGGCUUCUGGGCGUCUACUUCCCGUACUUCACCGGCUUCCUCUACUCGGUCAACUUGACCAACCCGAAAGCCCUCUCUCCGGCCGAUUGGUCCAAGCUGAGCGCCAUCUUUCUGCUUGACGGCCUGAUCCUUCGCAGCUUUGGCUGCGCGUGGAACGACACUGUCGACCAAGAUCUCGAUCGGCAAGUCGAGCGCUGCAAGAAGUGGCCGCUCGCUCGCGGUGCCCUGACAACGCCAGACGCCCUCUUCACGACCCUCGUCCUCGCCAUCUCGCGCCACGUCCUGUUUUACGCCACGUUACCAGCCCGCGCGGGUCAGCACGCCUUGCUCACAACUGUUCUCGCUCUCUUCUACCCGUUCAUGAAGCGCUUUGGCAAUUUCCCACAGCUCUGCCUAGGCGCGGGCGUGGGCUGGGCCGUCUUCUUGGUCGACGCUGCCGUCGUUGACGGACCCUAUCCAGCUGCCCCUGUCCCCAAGCUCACCGUGGAGGAUCGCAGCAAGGCUAUGCUCGCUAUGUGGGCCUGCCAAACCCUCUUCAACAUCACUUACGAUACCGUCUACGCCUUCCAAGACAUCAGAGAUGACCUGAACGCGGGUGUGGGCUCUUUGGAUAUAGCCGUGCGCCACUACCCUAAGGUGUUUCUGCUAUCGAUCGCAAGCGCCAUGGCUGGCUUCUUGUGGGCUACCGUGUCCUGGGGCAAUCUAACGCGCGGCCCGUUCCAAGUUGGCGCCGCAGUAUCUUCCCUUGCUGCAUUGUUCAUGUUAGCCCAGCUCGAUGUGUGGGAUCCGCGCAGGUGUAGGGACUUCUUCGUGUAUAGUCAGUGGUGGGUCAGUGGCGUUUUGGUGAGCGGUUUAUUGGGUGAAUUGUUGAUGGCGAAGUGGUGA